GAUGAGCAACAGAAAGAAAGCCAGUAAACAGAGAGAGGGGGCGGGGCCACACAGAGGGAGCGGCUGAGCUGAUAUUCGCCGUCGCUGGGCUGCACGCUUCUUUUUGGCCAGUUAACCUCCUGUUGGUCCACCAUACGCCAUAGAUGGGUGAUCCAGUGACCCUGGAGUCUGCUCCUGGUGUUACAGCAGUGCUAGCUGCAGAAAACCAAGAUGCUAAAAGCCAGCCGUCUAACAAGAACGGGAAGAAGGCCGACUCCAGCGGCAGCAGCUUCUUCACCUGGUUCAUCGUGCUGGCCCUGCUGGGCGUCUGGACGUCUGUAGCUGUGGUCUACUUUGACCUGGUCGACUAUCAGGGAGUUCUUGAUAAGGCUAAGGGCUUACAAAUUAACCUGUCUGAAGCAUUGCAAGGUAAACUGGUGGCGUACGACACCGACGGCGACGGAGACUUCGAUGUCGAGGACGCAAAAGUCCUGCUAGGCCUGUCCAGUGAGGGCGAUGGUCAGGGUGAAUCCCAGGUUCUGGAUUGGUUAGAAGAAGUGGAGGAGGGCGGCUCUGAUUGGUUAAACGGGUUCUUCACGUUCCUGUACGGACUGAUAAAUCCGCUGGAGCCGCUGGAGGAAGAGGAGGGUGAACACGCUGCCUCAGGAAGAGCAAAGGAUGUGCAGGACGAGGACGAGGAGGACGAGAACGAGGAAGCGGUCAGAGGAAGGCGACAAGCGAAAGACGAUGGACAUCAGGGGCAGAAGAUCGUGAUUGUUGGCCUCCAUAACCAAUAGCCUCGGAUUCCUGAUAAAUGUAUUGAUCUGUGAUCUGAGGGCAGAAGCCGUGGUGUCAGGUGGAGAUGUUACAGUAUGUUUGGUAGAUUUACACAGCUAGCUGGAUAACCUCGUCUGCAGCCUGGACCGUAACAAACUCGGUUCUUGUUUCAAACUGAGGAGAAACUUUCUGCUGUUUGGUUUUCUGGAUACUCAGGAACACUUUCAGAAGUGGGCGAGUACGCUGAGAGCACUGUUGGCAGCAGCCAAUGGCUGCGUGAGAUUACACAGAAUGACCUUGGACAGACUGUCCCUCACAUGGUUUAAUUCACUGGUUUAAUUUAAACCAACAAUCCCCCUCGUCAUGGACCUGCUCACCAUGUUAAUGGGAGUGCUGACAGGAAGUGCAGGAAGAGUCAGGUGAUCUCAAGCCACAGUCUGAUCGUCCUACGUUUGCUGACGGCGUCUUCAUGGCGUCCUGACUGUAGCUGUCAGACAUCGCCACACCCUCGUUCUCUGUGCAGCCACCACCCAUCACCUCAUUAAUGAUUAUGUUCAAUAAGACCUGUUUCUGUACCGUUGCAUACACCCGUCAGGUCUCAUACACCCGUCAGGUCUCAUACACCCGUCAGGUCUCAUACACCCGUCAGGUCUCAUACACCUCUGGGUGCAGGUGAGCUAGCUCCAGGUGGGCCCUGCUAGCAUCACAGCAUCACUUCAGCACAGUCAUAGAUGGAGCUGAUCAGGCUCCUCCGAGCUGGAAGUCCGAGCUGAGGGAAUAUUCCAGAUGAAACGGGGAAAUUCCAACUUUGGAUUUGGAUCUAGAACACACCUGGCGCUGUCGGUUGGUGGGACUAAAGGACGCGCUACCUCCAGCAGCUUCUCCAGCUGUGUAACGGGUGCACAUCUGUGCAGAUGUCAAACGUCAGCUAACAUGAAACGUGCAGCUCCAUGCAGUCAGAGGCUGGACUCCUUCAUGAAGCCUCCACACUUCACUUAUUAAAGACACGUGCAUGAAAUAAGAGGCUGGUCACUGGAUGUUGUCGACUCCAUCAUGUAUCCACCUCCAGGCUACAUGUUAAUAAGAACAUUUGACCCAUCACAUGGUGCUUACGUGUUUGUUAAACUGUCCAGCUGUAGGUGGCCAUGUUUGUCUUUAAGCCCUUGCCACAUGUCGUUCUGUCCACCUCCUCCUUUACUCCACAAUAAAGAAAAGUGUUUCAGCGACCAGCAGUUGUGAGUUGACACCAAUAAAGCGUUUGUUGGGACAGUGUACAUGUUUAUGCUGUAGGUAACAGUUUGUGUGACGAAUGCAGGCAAACGUGUUUAUCUGCAGCUCGACUAAUAUCAGCCACAAGCUUCGAGAUGUGAAACCCACAUUUGCUGUAUCGACUCGUGCAUGUGUGUGUAAGUGUUACACACUUGUGUUAACGCGC